AUGUCACAGUCCCAUGAGGUAGACGAAGAUACCAAUAUGGCUAUUUCGUAUACAACCCAAUCGUCAACCGGACACCCUCACCAAACCCUCCCCUCGUUCCGCGAGCUCCUUCCAGCCCAUCUCCACGAUGAAAUCGAAUCAACCUCCCCAUUCUACACCACUCCCCGCCACUCACAAGACCGCCCACCCUCGGGUCACGAAACGGCCGACCCCCGCUCAAUCCCAUAUGGCAAUCAACCCAACCAAAUGCCGUACGACUCUCACCGCGAAUACACAGUCUCCCGCGGCGCAGAUCACCAACCCCGCAUGCCAGAACCAGGCCACCACAUGCAUCUACCCGAGAACGCAUCCCGCGGUCCCAGCCCAAUUCUGCCCCCAAUCCGCGACCUGGACUCCAUCCCCGGCCGCGCAAUGAACCCAUCCUCCAGCACCGGGUAUCCCGAGCGGCCGCCACGCUCCGACCCCUUUGUCGCGCAGGAAUACCGCCAGCCCGGGCCGACGGCAGCAGCCAUGUCCGCAGAUCCGCGCGGCGAGCACUUUGCCCAGCCCAUCAUGCACCCUCAGUCGCCGUUUGGCCACCCUGCUACCGGGUACGGGGAUGAGCAGAUGUCACCACAGAUGAUGGGGCAUGGGCAAGGGAAUUUCGGGAUCAUGGGGGACCCGAUUGAUCCCAAGACGAAGCGGAGACGGGGGAAUUUGCCCAAGCCUGUCACAGACAUUUUGCGGGCUUGGUUCCAUGAGCAUCUUGAUCAUCCUUAUCCGAGUGAGGAGGAUAAGCAAAUGUUCAUGACAAGAACGGGGCUUUCGAUUAGUCAGAUUAGUAACUGGUUUAUCAAUGCUCGGAGACGACAGCUUCCUGCACUACGGAACCAAAUGCGCAGUGGUGCGGAUACGGAGUCUCAACGACAGUCACCUUUUAGUGAUGUCGAUGGAUCGGAGCACAUGCCCUCUCCUCAUCACUAG